GUUCAAAGCAGGCAGCUCACAGCCCGGGUCUGCAGCAGUGUCACUAGGCUGCUCCACAGUUUUUACGCCCAUGUUUCUGGAGUUUUCUUCCUCAAGCCUGUAAUCAGGAAAUGGCCAAAUCAUUACCUGUAGUAGCCCAGGAAGAUUUGGAUAGCUUCACCCUGACCAGGACAGGCUCGGGCUUUGCACUCAAAGCCUUUCACGUUCCUUGGAACAUUCACAUCGCGGUGAAGCUGUUGACCAGUCAGAAUACUACAGAAAGGGAGUGGAAGUCGCUGCUUCAGGAUAUAGCAGACAUCCAAUACUAUCAGUCUGAACGUCUCCUACCUUCUCUGGGGAUUUACCAGUACCAUGGACUUGUGGGGACAGUGACUGAAUGGAUGAACAAUGGAUCCCUCCACUCCCUCAUCCAUGAGCAUCAGCUGUACCCAGAGCUUCCGUUUCCCUUACUCAUAAGGAUCCUAUCGGAUGUGGCUGAAGGACUGCAUUAUCUGCACAGCCUCGAGCCUGCCUUCUGCCAUGGCACCCUUAAACCUUCCAACGUCCUUUUGGAUGCACAGUACAGAGCCAAGAUAUCAGAUUAUGGUCUAACCUACUGGAGGAAAGAGCAACUGAGGUCAGACCUGCAGAACUGCAGUCACAGAAACUGCCAGGAUUUAGUGUACCUCUCUCCUGAAACACUUGAAGGAGGUUUUCCUUCACAUGAAGGUGAUAUUUACAGUUUUGGAAUACUGUGCUGGGAGAGCCUUAGCAGACAGAAACCUUUUGAAGGCCAAAAAACUCUGCUGGAAGUUCUGACGAGAAUCUGUAGUGGUUUGCGUCCUGGGAUUUCAGCAAAGUUUAUACCAAGCAAUCUGCCACAGAGGAAUAGACUGUUGCACCUCAUCGUCCUGUGCUGGCAUCAAGAACCAGACUACAGGCCACGUACUGCAGAAUGCGCAGACCUUCUAAAGGGAAUUUUGACUAGUAUAAAUAAGGAGGCAAUUUCCACUGCAAUAUACAAUCUGAUGGAUGCAAAGGAGACAGCACUUAAUGCAUGCAAAGGUUCAGAAACAUACACGUUGCAGACGGGCAUAUGCAACUCAGAGAUCAUCUGUCCACAAAAAAGCAACCAAGUCAUCAAGAAGAAAAUUCCCCUCGUAGUGCCAAGCUUGUCAGCUAUUCUACUUGAUAGCAGUGCAAAUAGCGCAGGAAGAGAAAACACUCUUGAGACGGCUUUGGCAAACACUAUCCCACGGAACACAGCAACAAAGCAAGCUCAUCCAGGUUCUGACAGUAGAAAAUCAAGCCUGUGGCCUUCCUUUUGCCCUCUUCCUUCAUCAGGUCCAACUACAGGCAGAGAAAGCAGUGUGUGCCAUAAGGACUCUCCGCUGCCACUUCAGCCCAGCCCACAAAGCACUUAUCUUGAGCCAGCACUGACAGGUCCUUGCUGCAAAGGAAACUGCUGUCAAAUACUAGCCUGCCAGCGAGAAGCCAUACUGAGCAGGAUGACAGAAGGACGCCUCAACCAUAUCCUUGAUGUCCUUCGCUCACAGCAAACGUUGUCCCGAGUGGACUAUGAAACAAUCACCUCGUGCCCCACAGUGACUGGCCGCGCUCGGGCGUUGUUAGACACUUGCCUCUGCCUUGGGGAGAGGGCAGCGCAGGUUGUAGUGACUGCACUUUCAGUGAGCAAAUGCAGUCCUUUGGCACAAAGCAGCCAUUGCACAAACUGUCCUUCCAAGACAAAGAGGUUACUGCAGUGACUUGACUUAUUUCUUGUGGUUUGUUACAUGGAUCAGAGCACUGGUAAUUUGGAAUGGCAGCGAUUCACAUUCAUGCCUCAUAACCAUUGACUGAAGUCAAUCCUUCGUACAGCCCAUGAUUGUAGUCCUUGAAUGGAAAAAGCUAGCUGGAUUAAAAGGUCAAGUCAGCCACUGCCUGAAGAAAUUACGAAGACUGGUAAAACAAAUUCUUAACUUGGACCUCAAAGAUGGGAGGAUUAUAAUGCGUGCCAGAGCAAAUACACUUCAGGUCAGAUGACAGCUUAUUUCCUUGAUUUUAGAAGAGCACAAAAUGGAUCAUGAGUUUUUGGAGUUCACGCUAUGGAGGAAAGGCUAUUACUAAAUCCUUCCAACUAAAUGCACUUAACAGGGUGCUGGAUAAGGAGGGGAAAAAUCCCUUCCUCUCAUUGAGCUCGUAAGCAAACCAAUUGUCAGAGUGAAAGGCUUAAGACAAAAUCAAGAAAUCUCUCUUUAACAGGGCAUCAAAAAAGGUUUGGAAAUUUUACAUUAUGCAGAUGAAUUUUCACUUACAAAUGACUGUACACUCUCAAAAUUGGGCACUGAUAGUGAACACUUUUGAGGGGUGGGGUUUAAAGUAGGUCGUAAAUUGAACAAAGUUAAUACCUUAUAUUCAUGCAGUUCUCUGAGUAUGUCUGCAGUUCAAAUGUGCAAUUAUAUCAGGAAGCAGAGAUGCCAAGCUGAUCAUUCUGAAAUGAUGGUGCUGCUGAACUGUAAAGGAAAGCAGUAAGAUUAUCUUAAUUAUAAUGAAAAGGAGGUUAUACAAGGUGCCUGUUUUUGAAGGCACAGCGGGAUUACUUCAAACUUCAAGGCACUGGAUUAACCUGAGAACAUUCGUUAUAUGAUAUACAAGUAUUUCAUAUGUAAAACUACAGUGUUGGGUUUCCCUGCAUUGCAUUUGUUCUCUUUACACUUUCAAACUGCUUAUCUGAUGUGGUAGUCUGAGAGGUUGUAAUCUUAAAUAUAGUAAUGAUGUGUUCUCUAAGCACAUUUAAGACAUAUGGGAUUCGUUACUUCAUGUACUACAACG